AUGUGUAGAUCUGAUGCUUUAAGGACAAUAUGUAGGUCUGCUGUUUUAAUAAAGACAAUAUGUAGGUCUGCUGCUUUAAGGACAAUAUGUAGGUCUGCUGCUUUAAGGACAAUAUGUAGGUCUGCUGCUUUAAGGACAAUAUGUAGAUCUGCUAUUUUAAGGACAAUAUGUAGGUCUGCUGCUUUAAGGACAAUAUGUAGGUCUGCUGCUUUAAGGACAAUAUGUAGGUCUGCUGCUUUAAGGACAAUAUGUAGAUCUGCUAUUUUAAGGACAAUAUGUAGAUCUGCUGCUUUAAGGACAAUAUAUAGGUCUGCUGUUUUAAUAAGGACAAUAUGUAGAUCUGCUGUUUUAAUAAGGACAAUAUGUAGAUCUGAUGCUUUAAGGACAAUAUGUAGAUCUGAUGCUUUAAGGACAAUAUGUAGGUCUGCUGUUUUAAUAAGGACAAUAUGUAGGUCUGCUGUUUUAAUAAGGACAAUAUGUAGGUCUGCUGUUUUAAUAAGGACAAUAUGUAGAUCUGAUGCUUUAAGGACAAUAUGUAGGUCUGCUGCUUUAAGGACAAUAUGUAGAUCUGCUGUUUUAAUAAAGACAAUAUGUAGGUCUGCUGUUUUAAUAAGGACAAUAUGUAGGUCUGCUGUUUUAAUAAGGACAAUAUGUAGAUCUGCUGCUUUAAGGACAAUAUGUAGAUCUGAUGCUUUAAGGACAAUAUGUAGAUCUGCUGUUUUAAUAAGGACAAUAUGUAGAUCUGAUGCUUUAAGGACAAUAUGUAGAUCUGAUGCUUUAAGGACAAUAUGUAGAUCUGAUGCUUUAAGGACAAUAUGUAGGUCUGCUGUUUUAAUAAAGACAAUAUGUAGGUCUGCUGCUUUAAGGACAAUAUGUAGAUCUGAUGCUUUAAGGACAAUAUGUAGGUCUGCUGCUUUAAGGACAAUAUGUAGAUCUGCUGUUUUAAGGACAAUAUGUAGAUCUGCUUUAAGGACAAUAUGUAGGUCUGCUGUUUUAAUAAGGACAAUAUGUAGGUCUGCUGCUUUAAGGACAAUAUGUAGGUCUGCUGCUUUAAGGACAAUAUGUAGGUCUGCUGCUUUAAGGACAAUAUGUAGGUCUGCUGCUUUAAGGACAAUAUGUAGGUCUGCUGUUUUAAUAAAGACAAUAUGUAGAUCUGCUGCUUUAAGGACAAUAUGUAGAUCUGCUGCUUUAAGGACAAUAUGUAGAUCUGCUGCUUUAAGGACAAUAUGUAGGUCUGCUGUUUUAAUAAAGACAAUAUGUACGUCUGCUGUUUUAAUAAAGACAAUAUGUAGAUCUGAUGCUUUAAGGACAAUAUGUAGGUCUGCUGUUUUAAUAAAGACAAUAUGUAGGUCUGCUGUUUUAAUAAAGACAAUAUGUAGAUCUGAUGCUUUAAGGACAAUAUGUAGGUCUGCUGCUUUAAGGACAAUAUGUAGAUCUGCUGUUUUAAGGACAAUAUGUAGGUCUGCUGUUUUAAUAAGGACAAUAUGUAGGUCUGCUGCUUUAAGGACAAUAUGUAGGUCUGCUGCUUUAAGGACAAUACGUAGAUCUGCUGUUUUAAUAAGGACAAUAUGUAGGUCUGCUGUUUUAAUAAAGACAAUGUGUAGAUCUGAUGCUUUAAGGACAAUAUGUAGGUCUGCUGUUUUAAUAAAGACAAUGUGUAGGUCUGCUGCUUUAAGGACAAUAUGUAGGUCUGCUGCUUUAAAAGACAAUAUGUAG